GUCCCAAGAACAGAAUUUAUUCGUUCCGGCCUCGUUUUCAAUUUCAACGUCUUCGCAAAUGAAAACUGCAAUCUUACAAAUCUGAAUAUUGUUGGUUCGGACCAUGAUAUCUCUUAUCUUUGCAUCCCGCUUCGCUCCAAUUCUCCCGAAAGCAGCUCUUGGACCAUCUCUCCGGUAGACAGAGUGCAGAGCUCGAAGUCGAGUCUGCAGGGGAAAAUGUCACCGGUGGAACGAUUUCUGUUUCUUUCGUUUCUCAUGGCCGUCUUGAUCUUUGAUAAUCACUCAAUAUCCGGUUAAAGGCGAAGAAUAUUGCCAACUCGUUUCUCGCCGGACAUGGGAACGGGGAAGUAAUUCCCAAGAUUUGGAACUUUCAUCUUCUUUCACACACACCGGCCAAGGGACUUGGUUGUCUUGUUUGCAUGUGCAAAAUCGCAAUUCCAUAAAAUUUCCCUCAUUAUGCUUUCAAUCAACCAUCUUCCGUUUUAGCACCUACACGAACAAUGGAAGUUCUUCGACGUUAUGCCACAGAAGCGCCCGAACAACGUGCUUGGAUCGAUACUAAACCUACAUUCAUUGUUAGCUGGUGGUGUACAUGCUUUGCCAUUGUUAUAAUUUUGUUUCGGAUUUUUGGAAGAUAUGUUCGGACGGAAAAGAUCUAUCUCGAAGACGGCAUUAUGGUGCUGGCCAUCAUCCCGCUGCUUAUGAGAAUGGCUUUUGUCCAUGUUAUCUUGAUGUUCGGCACCAACAAUAGUUUGACACUCGGUCUAACGUCAGAGGAUGUGCGGAAAAGAAUAAUUGGGAGUCAACUUGUGUUGGUCUCUAGGAUUAUGUACGCUGCGUACCUUUGGGCCAUAAAGUACAGCAUCAGCAUAUUCUUACGUUCUUUGACCGGUCAAAUUUGGCAACGAGUACAUCACAAAUUACUCAAAUAUCUUCAUAUUAUGCUCGCGGUGACCUUUUUAGCCACAGCCAUCAGUGAUAUUACCGAGUGCCAGCCGUUCACCCAUUACUGGCAGGUCAUUCCAGAUCCUGGAUCGAAAUGCCGACAAGGAUAUGCGCAACUAUUCACAGCCGGUAUUCUCAACAUCGUUACGAACGUGGCUCUCAUUGUCUUUCCUAUUCCGAUGAUUCUAAAAUCGAAUCUGUCAACGCAUCUCAAACUCAGCGUGAUCCUACGCUUAGCUCUUCCAGCCUUUUGCAUUCUCGCAACGAUUAACCAACUCAAAAAAGUUGUAGCUCAUAACGGCGAUCAACAAAUUCGCUCACUUUUAGCUUCUUUUGACAUCCUCCUCACAACUCUGGUAUCCAAUGCUUCGGUGAUCGGUUCGCUCCUCCAGGACAAAGGUUACAAGAAGACGAAAUACAAAACUCCUAUCUACCGCGACAUUCCCUCCAGCGUCCCCUCUACUAGUUAUACUCGAAGACAUGAUAGUGACGAGGACCUCAUGAUUACUAGUCCCGACACAGACGGAAAGGUGGCAAUGAUGAUAGCGCUGGAAGUUCUACAUGAAACCGCAAGUCGGGAGAAUGAUGAGGCAAGAGAUUUUGGCACAGGUGCAUUGGGAAGCGGGGUCAGGAAACCUGAACAUGUCUGGGCUGGUGAUCAGAUUAGGGUUGAGAGGGCAUGGGAUGUGCAGGUCACAAGAGAGGAUGUACCUAUGAGCGCCUAAACGAAUGACGGAUGCACUAUGAAUUAGUUGCGGUCUGAUCUAUCCUCAGGUUUAGCGUGCUGGGUUUGUUAGUACGUAAUGCUGUACAAAUUAUUUUGUUUGAUACGAUCCAACUUCAUGUAUAUAGGUAUUGUUAGUUACUGUACAUUUUGAAAUAUGAUCCCUCUA